AUGCACGUCAGCUGCAAUUCAUCUCAUCACGAUAUUCCAGGACUAAGCAGCAUCCAGCAUGUCACGCCCGCGAAUGACCCUUCGUCUCAUGGCGAUCCGGCUUCGUCAUCACCCUCCAUCACAGGUGUCAUUCUGGACGUCAAUGAUUCACUCACACAGCUUCACCCCGAGACUCCUCUUCUCCAGCUGCAUUUUCACCUUUCAGUCCACCUCAUCAACUCAUCAUCUGUCACCGUGGCUUCCCAACACUCCUCCGAAGAGGAGUCAGAGUACCUCCCGUACCCCGCAACCAAGUUGAUCAUCGGCCAGUACUACAUCUGCUCGCGCGAUCCUCCGCACUGGGGCUGGCUCAUCGUCGGGACCUUCUACGACCCAGACAACAACCCCGUCUGGAGCACCGAAAUCUUUGCCUUUCAGCGCGACACACGCGGCGACCAGACAGAUUCGCAAUCAAUCUCCUCGUCUGACUCGGCCUCCGUUUCAACACUUCAGCCUCAACUCACGACCACCGCCUCUGGGACCCAACGCUUGCAGGACCAGUCCCCGGCUACUGGGUCACACAGUACGACCCCCGAAUCAACAACUGGGUAA